GCAGAUUCGUCGGCCGUCUCCCGACCUUGAAGCUUAAACCCUAAUCAUCACAGCCCACCUUUUCUUUCCUAAAGCCCUAGUCAAGCACUCAAGCCCAGGCGAAGAUGGAUUCCGAGUUAGGUCCCAGCUCAAUCGCCACGAGCGACCUCGAGAUGCGCCCAACAAAGAUCAGAUUCGAAUACGAAGACGACGAGAACCCGCAGCAGCGGGCGGACCAGGACGAGACUCUUACGGAGAGCUCGAAUCUAGAGGUUGAGGAAGACGCCGCCAUGUGUGAGCCUUCAGCCGGAGAGGACUCCAUGGUCGCCGACGAUCAUACCAGCGCCGAUUACUACUUUGACUCUUACUCCCACUUUGGUAUUCAUGAAGUAAGUAUUCAUCAUUGGGAAUAUGUUCUGUGUUGUGGUUUGUGAAUCUUCUAGUCUGAUACUAUAUAUGGUCUUUUUCUCUGGGUUGGGGGUGUGGUAUGUGAGUUUUCAGUAAUUCAAUGUACGUUACCCGGUCAGUGGUGUGUGCUGAGAAAGCCAAGAAAAAAAUGUAAAACUACUACUGCUAAUGAUUCUGUUUAGUAUAAAUAGCCUUUUUGCUCAUUAACAUGUUCCCUAGUGCUUUUAUUUAGCCUCAUUAAGUAACCAAUCUCUCUAAUCUCGGUGUUUGUUCCAUUAAACAUUUUUAUCAUUGCAGGAGAUGUUGAAGGAUGUAGUUAGAACUAAGACGUACCAAAAUGUCAUCUAUAAAAAUUCAUUUCUAUUCAAGGACAAAGUAGUCCUUGAUGUGGGUGCCGGGACUGGCAUCCUUUCUCUUUUUUGUGCAAAAGUUGGUGCAAAACAUGUUUAUGCGGUUGAAUGCUCUAGCAUGGCUGGUAUGGCACAAGAAAUUGUGAAGUCAAAUGGUUUCUCUAAUGUUAUAACUGUCAUCAAGGGAAAAAUUGAAGAAAUUGAGCUUCCUGUGUCUCAAGUGGAUAUAAUAAUAUCUGAGUGGAUGGGAUAUUUUCUGCUGUAUGAGAAUAUGUUAAAUACAGUACUUUAUGCUCGCAACAAGUGGCUUGUAACAGAUGGGCUUGUGCUUCCAGACAAGGCUUCUCUGUAUCUGACAGCUAUUGAAGAUGCUGACUACAAAGAGGACAAGAUUGAAUUUUGGAACAGUGUAUAUGGUUUUGACAUGAGGUGCAUAAGGAAGCAGGCAAUAGCAGAACCUCUCGUUGACAUAGUAGAUAGCAAACAAAUUGUCACUAACUGUCAGUUACUGAAGACAAUGGAUAUCUCUAAGAUGGAAGCGGGAGAUGCAUCAUUCACUGCUCCUUUCAAGCUUGUUGCAGAACGUGACGAUUACAUACAUGCCUUUGUAGCAUAUUUUGAUGUAUCAUUCACCAAGUGCCAUAAGUUAACAGGCUUCUCCACAGGGCCAAAGUCGCGAUCCACACAUUGGAAACAAACGGUUCUCUACACGGAGGAUGUCUUGACCAUAUGCCAAGGGGAAACCGUGGUAGGGGACAUGACGGUCACACAGAACAAGAAGAACCAUAGGGAUCUUGAUAUAACCAUCAAGUACUCACUCAAUGGCAAGAAUUGCCAGGUUUUGAGAACCCAACAUUACAAGAUGCGGUAGCGAACAAACUAAUGGGUUGAUGAAUUCAUGGUAUCAUCCUUCUGCCAUCUUUUACUCACCCGGCGUAUUUCUUUGCUGCCUCCGUAACUGAAUUGUUCCCAACUUAUUCUUCAUAAGACAUUUUUUACUUCGUUGUGGUUGUCCACGGCACACGGAAAGUUCAAAUUCAUAAUUUUAUUUGCUAGAGGCAAAUCCAGUGUUGUAACAUACUAUAUGAUCUUCAGUCACCUUUGACAAAACAGCAAUUUUGCGAUAGAUUUUUUCCCCAAUUGAUUUUUUCCCCAAUUGUGCUUUUAAGUUUAUGACUGACAGGUUCACUACUGCCUUUCAUGGCCCAAGAGAGCUUUUGCAUACUGUGCUGCAAUGAAAUCCUUGGAAGGUA